AUGGGCAUCCUCGGUGUUCUGCUUUUUGCAGAAAGCUUGAUCUGGUUCUGGGGAUCCUCGGUCGCAGUUGACACAGUAUAUGCAUCUCAAUCAAUCAGUGAUGGGGAGACACUAGUUUCGAGUGGUGGAACCUUCGAAUUAGGAUUUUUCAGUCCAGGUAAUCUCACAGAUCGAUACUUGGGAAUUUGGUAUAAGAAUGUCCCUGUAAGAACCGUUGUCUGGGUUGCAAAUAGAAGCAAGCCAAUUAAUGACUCUUCAGGCACGUUGAUGGUUGUCAGCACAGGCAAUCUUGUCCUCCUCAGCCAGAAUACUAGUGUUGUUUGGUCAACUAACUCUAUGAAACAGGCCCAAACUCCAGUUUUACAGCUCUUGGAUAGUGGAAAUCUCGUGCUGAGAGACAAUGGAAAUGACAUGAAGAUCGGAUGGGAUGCAAAUAGCAGUCUAGAACGGCACUUAACUUCUUGGAUGAGUCUCGAUGACCCAUCUCCUGGAGAUUUCACUUGGGGGUUGGAGAGAAGUAACUAUCCUGAGCUUGUAGCAUGGAAGGGAUCAAAUAAGUACUUCAGAAGUGGACCUUGGAAUGGACUCCGUUUCAGCGGCGCACCACAGUCAGGAGCCAAUCCUGUCUUUUCAUAUAAGUUCAUAAACAAUGGAACUGAGGUGUACCAUACAUUUGAUGUGGAGAAAAAUCACAGCUUGUUAGGAUUGUUGUGA